UACUCUCUCUCUCUCUGCCGGAAUAAAGGACUCCAUUGAUAGUACUGGUUCAACUCUUCUUUCUUCAUUUCUAAGCCAACUAAUUAAGACUACAAGUUUCAUACGUGCAAGCACGGCAUCAUCAUCAUCCAUCAUAUAUAUAAAAUAUAAUAGAUAUAUCUAUGGAUCACUCAAUCUCUCACGAUUUGGUUAUCAACUUUAAUGAUGGAAAAAGAGAGAUGGAUUUCUUCGACAAAAAGAACGAAGAGAGUACUAUGAUCGGUACAUCAGUUCGUGUCAAGGAAGAUAAGCUAGUGCCUGCUCAUCAUCAAGCCCUUGAUCAUGUAAAUACAUGUUUGAAUCUUUCUACAAGUAAUAGUCAUGGGAAAUCAAUUUUGGAUGAUGGGUUAUCAAGAAAUAAGGAAAAUAACCCAAAAAUGAAUGAGAUGGAAAUAUUACAAGCUGAAUUGGAGAGGAAGAGAGUAGAGAAUCAAAGUCUGAAAUCCAUGCUUAAUCAGGUGAACAAUGACUACUAUACCCUACAACUACAGCUUGUUGCACUAAGGGAGGAUCAGAAAAGUAAUAGACAUGGAAGAAUUAGAGGUGGAGGAGGCUUUGAUGUUGCAAGACAAUCAUUCAAGGAUCUUAAUUGUGAUAAUAGGGGAGAAAUUAGUUGCAGAUCUGGAAGAGAUGUUCAACAAGAGAGCACAAACAAAGGGCCCAUGAUUGUUGAUACUUCAAGGGAUGUGCUUGAACAAAAUCAACAAAAUAUGUCCAUGACUAGAAGAAAGCCUCGGGUCUCCGUUCGAACAAGAUCUGAGGCAUCCAUGAUCUCUGAUGGAUGUCAAUGGAGGAAGUAUGGACAAAAGCUAGCCAAAGGAAACCCUUGCCCUCGAGCUUACUAUCGUUGCACCAUGGCUUCUACUUGUCCUGUCAGAAAACAAGUACAAAGGUGUGCACUAGACAGAACAAUCCUCAUAACAACUUAUGAAGGAAAUCACAACCAUCCCCUCCCUUCAGCUGCCAUGGCAAUGGCAUCUACAACAUCGGUGGCCGCAUCGACAUUUCUUUCGGGGUCUAUGCCUAGCGGAGGUGAUCAUCUUGGCCUACAAUUGAUGAACUCAAAUGCACUUGCAGAAACCCUAACACUUUCAGCUUCAGCACCGUUUCCUACUAUAACACUUGAUCUCACUCAAGACCAUGCUCUUUCUCCAAAUUCUGUGUCAAUCCCACAAUCAUCACUCUCUAAUCAAUCCAAACUCCUUUUGGGGGGUCUUCAAGGAAUUGGACCUCCUCAUUUCAGUCAUGCACAGACACAAGUAUUGCCAGACACAAUUAGCUCGAUCGCGGCGGAUCCGAACUUCACAGAAGCACUAGUGGCAGCCCUAGCUUCCAUCCUUGGCAAUGUUCAUGGCAACAACAAUAAUAGCUCCAAUACAAGAGAUUGAAUUAGAUAUCGUGUUAUUAUAUAUUGAUUUGUAGGGAAGUGCAAAAUGUAAUUACAUAUUGGACUUUCUUUUUUUUGGGUAUUUUUUGAGGGUGAAGAGAGGACAUAUUAAGACAAUAAUAUAUAUAUAUAUA